AUGCGUACAAAGAGUUUUGAAUUAAAUGGUGAGACGUCAUGUGAUGUUAAAACAGUCGAAAUGACUUCUCAACUGACAAGUAGAGGUGUUCAAACCGAUCCCUGUAUCAAAAAUUCAUCACGAUCGAGACUUCUUAAGAAAAUUCGUUUAUAUACUGAUUCAUGUAUUCAUCAUCGAGAUCAAUUAUUUACUCAAUAUAACAUUUCAAAUUCAUAUUAUGAACAAUAUUAUGGAAAAAUGGCAGAAAUUCAGCGGUAUAAACAAUUAAAACUUGAAUAUCGUGAUUUAUUAAAUGUACGAAAUGAAAUAUUAAAUCGUUUUGAAUGGGUUAUCAUUGAAAUGAAAAAUAUUAUCGAUAAUUUGCGAUCACAACAGAUUACAAUCUCGGAUGCUGAAGCAUUAAUGAAUCGUCCAUUAAUACAAGAAGUCAUUGAAUCAUCAUUAAUUAUAAAUGAAAAUAAAUCUAGUCAAAAUCGUGUAGUAUCAAUUGCAUCAAGUAAACAAGAAUGGCAAAUGUACAAUGAAAAUCUUCGACAGAUGAAAGAUAAUCUUGAGUUUAUUGGCACGCUUGUUCAACAAGGAAUAUCAAAGGUGUGA